UAUAUAAAUUAGAUACCAGUCGCACAAAGUCUGCACUCAACACAAACACCAUAACAUGAAUCGAAACUGGUUGCAUGUCUUGACAAUCCUCAUUUCGCUGACGACGUUAAGUUCAGCACUAAUCCCCAAACCAUAUGAAUACAAUCAGACGACUACAUUGUGCAACAUUGUUGAAUCAUUAGAUAUUAGUCAUGAAUACUAUUCAUGUUUCAUACUAAAAGAAGCCUUGAAACGAUUCGAUGAACGCUUGGCGAAAAGUUAUACCCCAUCACCAUCAAAAGAUCCGGCUGAUUGUGUUAUAACAUCAUUAACUAUCCAUAUAGAACAAUCAUGCGAUGAAACAGAAAAUAAAGUUUGGCCAUCUGAUAUGAUGGACGAGUCAUACACUGUGAAUAUUGCUGACGGUGUUAUUCAAAUAUCUUCACAAGAGAUAUGGGGAACACUGCAUGCUCUGGAGACGAUUCUUCAAUUAGUCUACAGAAGUGAAUCAGAUUCGAAAGUGAUUUAUGAAGGUGCUAUAAAUGAUGUGCCAGUAUUUUUACAUCGUGGAAUUAUGAUCGACACUGCUAGACACUUUCUCAGUGUCUCUGAAAUCGAGAAGAUGAUAGAUGCAAUGUCGAUGGUUAAAAUGAAUGUUCUUCACUGGCAUGUAACAGACGAUGAAUCCUUCCCUAUGGCUAUCACCGCUUUUCCUGACCUUUCUACACAGGGAGCUUACAAUUAUCAACUUAUGACAUAUCAACGAAAUGAAGUUGAGUCACUGAUAGAGUUUGCACGUUUGAGAGGGGUACGUGUCUUACCAGAAUUCGAAACUCCAGCCCACACACAAACAUGGGGCAGUAUUUCUCCAAAGUUUCUAACCCAAUGUUAUAAAGAUGGACAACCGGAGGAACGAUACGGUCCAAUAAAUCCAACUGAUGAUGAUAAUUUCAAUGCUUUAUCAAGUAUCUUUAACGAAGUACUCAGUAUAUUCCCGGAUACAUUAAUUCACCUCGGUGGUAGAGACGUGGCAUUUGACUGUUGGCAAUCUAACCCAGAUAUUCAAGAAUUCAUGAAAAAACAAAGCUUUGAUGAGAAUUACAAUGCCCUGGAGGAUUAUUAUUUUCAAAAACUUAUGGAGAAUGUUCUUGGAAUGAAUUCAUCAGAAUGGACAGUUUCACCAGUUAUUUGGCAAGAUGUAUUUGAGAAUGGAUUCCGUGGUGAAGCACCAGUUGUCGUUCAUUUGCAUCUACCUGAAUGGAAAUCAACACUGGAAGAGGCUAUAAAGGCUGGAUACAGAGUAAUAUUCAGCUCAUGUUGGAAAUUAAGCGAAAUGACUCUUGAUGACGAUUGGAAAAAAUUCUAUGAAUGCGAUUUCACUUCAUUUGAAGCUACCGAAGAUCAGUUAGCCUUACUGACUGGUGGUGAGGCUUUAUUGUGGGGUUUCAACGUGGAUGAUGCAAAUCUGUUUCCAGAAACUUGGCCAUUAGCUGCAACUGUCGCUGAACGACUUUGGUCUCAAGAUCCACCUCAAACAGAAGAAUUUGCACAGGAAUUAGAUGAACUUCGUUGUCGAAUGGUAAGACGUGGAUGGAAUGCCCAAGCGAUAGUUGGCCCAGGAUUCUGUCCUCAAUAGUCGUUCGUAGUACAUCUGACGUACAAUUCAUCUUUUCACAACAAACUAUGGAGUUAACUAUUUAUCCCAGUCCAGUUUUGUUCCAAUAUAGUACAUUUUUUUGAGAAUAUUAAAUAUAAAUACAAAAUUUGUGAAAAUUUAACAUUAUUGCUCUAGUAAUACUACUAAACAGACUACUGAUUAAAUACAAACUAUUUUAUGAAAUAGG